GCCACUUUAGGGCUGUGGGAGCCCACACCAGCACACGAGUGGGAGAGCAGUGGGGCUGGACCUGUGCCUGGCGUUGCUCAACCCCUGGCAGCGUUUCGCAAGCGGGCAGUGCUGCUCGGCACCCAGCAUGGCGCGCAGGGUGCCGGAUGGCUGUGCCGGGAGCUGCCAGGGCCACGUCCCCGGGGUCGCUCCCCAGCCCCGUGUUUCUCACCUGCCGGAGGUCACUGCGGAGCUCAGGAGCCGGGAGGGAAGGGCAUAGAGCUGCCUCGUGUGGCUCCAGCACCUACUGGGAAAUAAAAAGAUUACAAGGGCUGAAGCGCUGCGCCAGCGUGACCCCGGGGCUCCCACCUCCUGCCCGCCGGGGCCCCGAGAGCCGCGUCUGGCACAGGAACGGUGCCCGAGCCGCGCAGGAACCCCCCACCCGCGGUUCCGGCCCCGGGGGCGCCGCCGGCGGAGGCAGCGGUGGCGGGAAGGGGCUGAGAUGCGACAUUCCGGGCGGCAAGGAACCCCCCACCCGCGGCCCCGGCCCCGGGGGCGCCGCCGGCGGAGGCAGCGGUGGCGGGAAGGGGCUGAGGUGCGACAUCCCGGGCGGCAGAGCUGCGGGAGCUGGGCGGGAACAGGGUCCCAGGGGAGUCCCGGGGGAUGGCAGCAGGUGGGGGGGCUGCACCCGCCCCGGCCGAAGGAGCCGGGGACGCAGGAGCGUGCGGGGGCAGCACGGAGCUCCCGCGGGACACAGCUCCCCCCGCCCCGGGCCCCGUCAUCCCGCGGCCGGGCCCCGCAGGGGUUCGCCGAGGUGGCAGCGGGGAAAGCGGGUCCGCGGUCGGGCUGGGACGCGGCACCCGGGAGGAGCCGCCGCGGGUGCAGCGCCCCGGGGUCCAGUCCCGUGGUGUCCGCACGGGACGGGACCGGAGCGGCGGGCGGGCGCUGGCGCCGGGAACAGCGUGCGGGGCAGCGGGGAGGAAACGGGACACGGCACCGGCAGCACCGAGAGCGGACCGGACCGGGUCAGCCCCGCCCUCUCCAGCUCCCGCCAGCGCGGCUCCGGCUCCCGCCGCUUACCGGAGAGUCCCGCCGCGCCGGGCGGGUCUGCGCGGCCCCGACGGGGCGGAGCGGCAGCGGGAGCGCGCCGGGGCGGAGUGAGGCGGCACCGGGCGGGUCCGUACCGGUCCCAGCACAGUCCCUGGCGUGCGGGGUCGGCGUUCCCCCGCGGGCCCCGCAGAGGACGCGGCCGCUGCAGGAGCCGGUGCCGCGGUGUCCCGGGGCGGGGCGAGCGGACCCGGGGAUCGAACCCGGAACCACGGCGGGCGGGCGAGGAAGGUACCUACGGGACCGUGUUCAAGGCCAAGAACCGGGAGACGCACGAGAUCGUGGCGCUGAAGCGGGUGCGGCUGGACGACGAUGACGAGGGCGUGCCCAGCUCGGCGCUGCGGGAGAUCUGUCUGCUCAAGGAGCUGAAGCACAAGAACAUCGUCAGGCUCCAUGAUGUCCUGCACAGCGACAAGAAGCUGACCCUGGUCUUCGAGUUCUGCGACCAGGACCUGAAGAAGUACUUCGACAGCUGCAACGGGGACUUGGACCCGGAGAUCGUCAAGUCCUUCAUGUACCAGCUGCUGAAGGGCCUCGCGUUCUGCCACAGCCGCAACGUCCUGCACCGCGACCUCAAACCCCAGAACCUGCUCAUCAACCGGAACGGGGAGCUCAAACUGGCCGACUUCGGGCUGGCCCGGGCCUUCGGCAUCCCCGUGCGCUGCUACUCUGCGGAGGUUGUCACGCUGUGGUACCGGCCCCCGGACGUGCUGUUUGGCGCCAAGCUCUACUCCACCUCCAUCGACAUGUGGUCGGCCGGCUGCAUCUUCGCAGAACUGGCCAACGCGGGGCGGCCGCUGUUCCCGGGGAACGACGUGGACGACCAGCUGAAAAGGAUUUUCCGGCUGCUGGGCACCCCCACGGAGGAGCAGUGGCCGGCCAUGGCCAAGCUGCCCGACUACAAGCCCUACCCCAUGUACCCGGCCACCACCUCCCUGGUCAACGUGGUGCCCAAGCUGAACGCGACUGGCCGGGACCUGCUGCAGAACCUGCUCAAGUGCAACCCGGUGCAGCGCAUCUCGGCGGAGGAGGCCCUGCAGCACCCCUACUUCACAGACUUCUGCCCCCCCUAGGCCCCCCGGCGCCGGCAGCUCCCGGGGGGAGGGGACAGCCCCCAUGGCGGGGGGACAGGAGCGAGGUGCCAGCACCCCAGAACCGCAGCCCCUCCUCGCGUAUUUAUUAGGUUUUUAACCCAAAGCCGCCCAGUUCUGCCCCGGCUGCGGGGAACUGGCGCGGCCCCCCGUCCCGACCCCCUCGCUCCAGGGCUGGCGGGGGCGCACAGACCCCCCGGGGCCGCGGUGCUGCUGGAGGGCCGGGACCCUCCGGGACCAGGUGUGGGGACCCCCCACCCCUCCUCUCCCUGCCCCCCCGGCCCCUUCCCAGCAGGGGAGGGUGUCCUGGAUGCCAGCUCCCGGGGGGGCACCCCAUUUAUUUUCUACUGUGCUGCUGUUCGUGGGUGAACGUGCGUGUUUGUUACCUCCAUAAAGAGCUUCCCCUCUACA